GUCAAAUAAAGAGGCAACGGAGUCCAAGGCUAGAAAGCCAGUAGGCAGGGCUAAACAGCCCGAUGCCACCAUUACCGAAGUAAAUCAGCUGUCUUGGGGCUUGAGCAAAGGACAUGGUGAGGCAAAGGUUCAAGAAGAGGCCAAUAACCUUUACCUCCUUUGCACUGAUCUGAUGCGAAUAGCUGUGUUUAAUAAAGAUGCAAUCGACUAUUACAAUAUGAAUUGUGUGCUAGGAUUUCAGGUUGUCGGGCAACAUAUCACAUUCUAUCUAACCACUCUUUUGUAUGACGCCUUAUAUGUUAUGGUGGAAGUUGGCCACAUUGAUAUACCUAGAUCACUUGAACAGGUUUCAGGGUCAUUAGUCAUGGGGCGUUGGAUUCGUUGGUCUUGGGUAGUGCUCCGAACGGGUCGGGUCGGGCCGGGUUAUAGGCCAACCUGA